AUUACUGGAGAAGCCACGUCUCACCCAGCCUGUUAACGUGCCAAUACACCCUUCCGUUACGAGGGAAAAAAGGAAUAGUUGUAGAUUAUGGGCAAAGUUUCUGUUCUGAUUUCUGAUCAUCCAAAAUGUCUCAAGACUGAAAAGUUGGUUUUGUGCCAAAGAUGUCUUUAUAGCCAGAAGCAACCAUGCAGCUAAAAAUGGUAUCAAGUUAACGAUAGAGGUUUAUGUGCAUGUGGGUGUAGUUUACGGAAAUGGAAAAGAGAAAGAGACGAUACUUUGCAUCCUCCGGAGGUGCUUGUAAAGCCUGUUUUGCUUUGCUUGUCUGCAUCUGCUCUGGAUCCUGGAGGCUGCUUUCGUAUAAGGCCUGCUCUCAGUUCAUCUUUUGCACAAUCAAACGGGUUGGAAAUUAGAAGUUCAGACAAACAGAAAAGUCUAUCCAGAUUUCAGUUUCAGGGAAUGGAAAAUAGACUGCACCAAAGAAGAGUGUCAUUUUCUGAUCAACAUUCACCAAAUCAUCAUGGGUCCAGUGGCAUUAGAAAUGACAAGGCUUGGAACUGGCUCCCAAGAACAACUUUUCAUGAUGACUAUAUAAGGGAUGAUGAGUUCGUAACUUCAGUUGCAGCUACAGCAUUUGCUAUUCAUUCUCUAGAAGAAGCGGAAUUACGUAACUUGCAAAAAAUGAGAGAGAGCCCUAAAUCUUCAAGGAGGACCCAAACUAUGAGAAGUAAAGAGGAUGACAUGCCAUUACCAAGGCAGCCAACUUAUGGGGAAACUUCAAAGAAAAGGUCAUUUGGACAAGACCUCAGGACCAAAGAAACUGCUUUUCCUGUUAGACGUCCAAGUGGUAUAUCACCUCCAAGGCCUGUAACCCCGGCACUUGGGUAUCAGAAGCAGCAAGGGAUUCCGUUACAACACAAAAAUGUCAAAACCAGACCAGAAACUUGUGAAAAGGCCAUGAUAAAAAAUAUUCAAAAGCAGUAUGAGAAGAUGAAGUCCGAAAUUCUUUCCUGGGAGUUUGUGAAAAAGAUUCAGGCCAAAGCCCAGAGAGCAAUGGAAGUGCAAAAUUACCAGCAUAAGAUAGCAAGGGCAGAUAUGAUGCCGCAAGGAGCUAGAGCAGGGUUAGAAGAUAAAAGAAUAAAAGAGUCUGAAGCGAGAAAGAAAGCAAACAAAAAUGGAAAAACAAGCAAGGUCGUUGUUAAAUGUUUGUGCUUCAAUUCUUAACCAGAUAGUGUUGGGAGUCAAGAGUCCAGCCUGGAAAUAAAAUAGCGCAAACUAUUUAUUUUCUGACCAAGCUUCGGAAAUCCAACUACAACACAUAAAUGUGAUUGACUUUAUACAGAUGAGAUGACAUCAAACCUCGCAGCUCAAACUGUUUUUAUUGAUAAAUGAUGCUGUUUAAAUAAACGAAACGUGCACUAAUAUAACUGGUCAUUAGAAGUUAUAGCCUUUCAAGGGCAUUCAAGUCAUCACGUGCAUUGUAAUAUGCUUUUUAUUUAUUUAUUUUACCACCACUACGUGAUAUUACCACAUUCCUAUUCUUUCUACCUGCAAUCUAUGUUUACUUAAACAACCAAACUGGCUGGUUAUUAAGAGGAGGUUUACGGGAGAUUGCACGUAUUCACAGAUAUUAAUAAGAAGCAUGCAUUGUCCUUAUAAAACUUUGGAACUU